CUCCUGCGGUAGUUGAUGUGUGCCGGUGUGGAUCCGGUCUGUGACGGUCCCUCCUGUGAGUCCUGUGAGUCCGGAUCGAUCCGUGAUCAACAGCCCAGCUGCUGCCUGCUCGAGUCUUCCUCACCUGUUCAGAUCCACCUGUCCGGGAGCAUGCUGCGGGUCCGGGCCGCCCUGAGCCGCUCAUGGAGAGGGCUGAGGACUUCGUCCUGUGCGGCGGUGGAGGUGAAGAACGAGCCGAUCCUGGGCUUCAGCGAGGGCAGCACUGAGAGGAAAGAGCUGCUUAAGGCUCUGGAUGGUCUAAAGGGACAGACUGAGGAUGUCCCCUGUGUGGUCGGAGACGAACACGUGUGGACCAAAGACGUCAGAUAUCAGUUAUCUCCGUUUAAUCACUCUCACAAAGUGGCAAAGUUCUGUUACGCUGACAAGGAGCUCAUCAACAGAGCCAUCCUGGCCUCCGUGGCGGCGAGGAGAGAGUGGGACCUAAAGCCAGUCCAGGACCGUGCCCAGGUCCUCUUCAAGGCCGCAGACAUCAUCAGCGGACCCAAGAGAGCCGAGAUCCUCGCCAAGACCAUGAUCGGACAGGGGAAGACGGUGAUCCAGGCAGAGAUCGAUGCGGCUGCUGAGCUCAUUGACUUCUUCAGGUUCAACGCCAAACAUGCUGUCGAACUGGAGCAACAGCAGCCGCUGGACGCUGAGGGGAGCAGCAACACCAUGCUGUACCGAGGCCUGGAGGGCUUCGUAGCAGCCGUUGCUCCUUUCAACUUCACGGCUAUCGGAGGAAACCUGGCGGGAACCCCAGCUGUUAUGGGGAACGUGGUCCUGUGGAAGCCCAGCGACACCGCUAUGUCCGCCAGCUACGCCGUCUACAGGGUCCUGCGGGACAGCGGCCUGCCCCCGAACAUCGUCCAGUUCCUCCCGGCAGAUGGUCCCGUGUUCGGAGACGCCGUCACGUCCUCGGAGCACCUGGCCGGCAUCAAUUUCACUGGCAGUGUCCCGACGUUCAAGCGUCUGUGGAAGCAAGUCGCCCAGAACCUGGAUACCUACCGGACCUUCCCCCGGCUGGCAGGAGAGUGCGGCGGGAAGAACUUCCACUUUGUGCACCAGUCGGCGGACGUGGACUCGGUGGUGAAGGGGACGAUCCGCUCUGCCUUCGAGUACGGCGGCCAGAAGUGCUCUGCCUGCUCCAGGAUGUACGUCGCCGACAGCAUCUGGCCCAAGAUCAGAGAGCAGCUGCUGGACAUCCACCGGCAGAUCACCGUGGGAGACCCCGUUGAGGACUUCGGCGCCUUCUUCUCAGCGGUGAUCGAUGACAAGUCGUUUGCUCGGAUCAAGAAGUGGCUCGAUCACGCUAGGUCCUCGCAGAGUCUGAAGGUCAUCGCCGGCGGCAACUGUGAUGACAGGAAGGGCUACUUCGUGGAGCCGACCAUCAUAGAGACCACGGACCCGCGGGACGCCAUCAUGAGCGAGGAGAUCUUCGGACCCGUCCUCUCAGUUUAUGUUUAUCCAGAAAACCAGUACAGAGACGUCCUGACACUGAUCGACACCACGUCCCCCUAUGCUCUGACCGGCGCCGUGUUCGCCCAGGACAGGUCGGUGGUGGACGAGGCAGCGAAGCUUCUGAGGAACGCUGCAGGAAAUUAUUACGUAAACGACAAAUCCACCGGAUCUGUGGUCGCCCAGCAACCGUUCGGUGGAGCCAGAGCCUCCGGAACGAACGAUAAACCUGGAGGUCCUCACUACGUCUUGAGGUGGACGUCUCCGCAGGUGGUGAAGGAGACACACGUCCCACUCAAAGACUGGAGGUACCCCUACAUGGACUAACUGUCCAAUCAGAGCCCUGCGUCCCUCCAUCAUCAGCAGACUGUCAAAUCAGAGCCCUGUAUCCCUCCAGCAUCAGCCGACUGUCCAAUCAGAGCCCUGUGUCCCUCGCUGUGUCAGCUGAUCGUCCAACUAACAGAGACAGAAAGAGUCUUUGCACUGAAGUGGACAUGAAUGUAUCUGAGAGAACGUCUCCGUCCAUCAGACGUCCAGGCGUCCCGACUGUCUCAAACUGUCCUCUGAUGUCUCUGACUGUCUCUGAUUCCUUGACAGUCUCUGACUGUCCUCUGACUGUCUCUGACUGUCCCCUGAUGUCUGUUAAUGCUUCAGAAACUUAAUUUUUCAAUCUGAAUCUGAUCAGAGCUCAGUUGGUGAUCAGUUAGUAAUUGUUGAUAACUGAUUAAUAAUUAAUAAGUCAGUUAUUUUAAGGUCAAAUGGAAAAUUUCCCAGAUUUCAGCUUCUGAAAUUGUAUUAUUUCUGCUGUUUUUACUCUGAUAAUAAACUGAAUAUCUGUAUCUAUCAAUGAUCAAAGUGAUAAUUAGAUAAUGAAAACAUUAUUUAGGUCAAUGUGAGAACAAAGUGUCUCUAAUGUUACAGACAUGUCGAACUAUAAAUCUCUAAUAAUAGCAAACUGCUGAUUUCAUCCUUUAACUGUUGAAACUUUAAUAAUCUGCUGAUAUAUUUUCUCAAGAGUAUUUUGUAUUGUAAUCUGUUGCAACUGUUUAAUUAUAUUUUCAGAAUGUGCCUGUUAGAAACUCUGUAAAUUCAGAUUCUUGAUUUUUGACAAUAAAUAUUAAAUUAUUA